CCAGAACGCGGAGAUCAGCUCAAGAUACGCCACCACCCGCGACAUCACCUUGGUUGAACAACAGCACCCUCGAGACGGAUUGAUUGCGUGACAGCAUGGCAGAAGUAACGGCAGAGGGUGAGCAUAUUCCAUGCGGUCCUCUCCCUCAGGAAGGGCGAUCUGACAGCCCUAUAGGCUCAAAGCGCAAGGCCUCGGAAGAAGCCACUACCCCGGAUUCGAGCCAGAAGCUCAAGAAGGCGCGCACUGAGUCCCCGGAGAGAGGCGAGAAGGAAGAAGAGGAGAAGCUCGAGAAGAAGCCGCUCAAGAUCGUUCCCUUCCCGGAGAAGGCAGCAGUACUUGAAGAACGCCGAGGCGAGAUCGAAUUUCGUGUGGUGAAUAACGAUGGGGAACGGGAAAGCUUUAUCAUCCUUACGGGCCUGAAGUGCAUUUUCCAGAAACAGCUACCUAAGAUGCCUAAAGACUAUAUCGCACGACUGGUGUAUGAUAGAACACAUCUGUCGAUUGCCAUUAUCAAGCAUCCUUUGGAGGUCGUUGGGGGCAUCACGUACCGGCCGUUUCAGGGUCGAAGAUUCGCUGAGAUUGUCUUUUGUGCCAUUUCCUCCGAUCAGCAGGUCAAGGGGUAUGGUGCUCAUCUCAUGUCACACCUUAAGGAUUAUGUGAAAGCAACAUCAGAUGUGAUGCAUUUCCUGACUUAUGCCGAUAACUACGCCAUUGGAUAUUUCAAAAAACAAGGCUUUACCAAGGAGAUUGCCCUUGACAAAUCGAUUUGGAUGGGAUACAUCAAGGAUUACGAGGGAGGUACUCUUAUGCAAUGUACCAUGCUUCCCAAGAUCCGGUACCUCGAAGCGGGUCGCAUGCUCCUGAAACAAAAGGAAGCGGUUCAUGCGAAGAUUCGCGCCUUUAGCAAAUCGCAUAUAGUGCACCCUCCGCCAAAGGAAUGGAGAAAUGGCCCGUGCAAGAUUGACCCCCUCAGUAUCCCUGCGAUCAAGGAGUCAGGGUGGUCCCCGGACAUGGACGAAUUGGCUCGUCAACCACGGCACGGACCAAAUUACAACCAGUUGCUGCAUCUUCUGAACGACAUGCAGAAUCACAGCGCAUCAUGGCCAUUUGCUCAACCGGUCAACCGUGAUGAAGUUCCAGACUACUAUGAAGUCAUCAAAGAACCCAUGGACUUGUCUACGAUGGAAGAGAAGCACGAGAAGGAUAUGUACCCGACUCCUCAGGACUUCAUCAAGGAUGCCAAGUUGAUGUUCGACAAUUGCCGAACGUAUAACAGCGAGAACACGCCCUACGCGAAGAGCGCGAACAAGCUCGAGAAGUUCAUGUGGCAGCAAAUCAGAAACAUCCCCGAGUGGUCGCAUUUGGCCGACCAGUAGAAACACAAUAUGUAACGCUAGCACGGCUUUUCAUUCGAUGAGGACGGAGUUUUUCCGGUUAUAAAAUACCCAAUGGUCAAGUGGAUUAUCGGCGUUGGAGAACAUGUGAUUUAGAAGUAUCUAUAAUAAGGACUGUGUGCACAUCUUGUACAGACCUCCUACUGGCCAAAGCGCUCGACUUCGACGUACAACAUUAUCGAAUGAAGAAGCAGCCAGAUGGUUUUGAUUAGGCACCUGGG